UCAUUUGCACUCUUUUCGCCGCCGUGUUUUUAUCUCGUCUGCCCAAUAAACGUGGGAAAAUUUGUGAAAUUCAUUGACUAAAAAGCGGUUUGUUUUAUUAAAUUACAAUUUUUCAUAUAAAUUGUUUUUGUGAAACUGGUAGAAAUAAAUAUUUACAAAAAUACGCAAUUAUAAAAGGAGUUGUUUGACAAAAGAACAACAAUUUUAGCAGCAAAUAUAAAAAGUACAUCAAAAAGUUUUACCAGUCUUUUUUUUUCUAUAUAAAAGAAGGCGUGGGGAUACACACUGUAAAAACCAAGACAAAGCAAUAAUUGCAAAAAAAAGAACGGAAAAUUCAACUCUUUCAAUUCUUUUAAGAAAUAAAAGUUAAUUUUUGUAACCACGUGAAUGGAAACAAAAGUUUGUUUUAAAUAUUCGACAAUAUUUAAAUCUAGCAAUUGAUAAGAACAUAUACACACUUCUUUAUACAUAUAAAACGCGCUUUUCAAGAAAAUUUUUUUUUAAUUGAAAAUCCAAGCGUUGCCGCUGCACGUCACUUGUGUAAGAAAAAGUAAAGCGACUCACAUCGAUUUUUAACCGGCUUCAUAAGGAAAAAGCGAAACUCACACCCCUUCAACAAUAAAAUUAGCAUUUAAUACGUAUUUAGGGUUGUUUUGAAUUUAAUUAAUCAAAACAAAUAUGGGGGCCUAUUUAUCGCAACCCAAAACAGACAAGGUGUCCACAGAUGAAUCCAACAAUUAUUUGUCUGUUGGUGCAUCGUCUAUGCAAGGCUGGCGUAACAGUCAAGAGGAUGCCCACAAUUCAAUAUUAAAUUUUGAUAAAAAUACAGCAUUCUUUGCUGUAUAUGAUGGCCAUGGCGGUGCUGAAGUAUCAACAUAUUGUGCCGAUAAAUUGCCGCAAUUUCUAAAAGCUUUAGCUGCAUAUUUAGAUGGCAAUUUCGAAAAGGCUCUCACAGAAGCUUUUCUGGGUUUUGAUAAAACUUUAUUGGAUCCAGAAGUUAUUGAAACUCUAAAAAUUUUAGCUGGAGAAAAGAAUUUUGUUGAUGGUGAUGACAGCGAUGCCAUGGAAGAUGAUGAGGAUGAAAAUUUGGCUGAACUACACGAGGAAGGGAAUUUGCCGCUAGAUGAAGUAAUGGAAAAGUACAAGGGACAUCCAUCGAUGCCAUCAUUGAAAAAACUAAAAGAUAGCAAUAGUUCUAAGCCACAAUCGCCUUUCUUGCGAGGACGUCGUGCCGCUGCCGUUAUUGCUGAUGCUGCUAAUCGAGCAGAACUAGAUCCUGAAUCCAAACCGGAGGGCUCAUCAACUUCCAAAGCUGCCUUAGCAGCUCUAAAUGAUGAUGGUCCUAGUUCUUCGAAAUCUUCGCCAUCAGGUACUAAAAUGGAAACUGAAGAAGAUUCUACAGUUAGCAGCAGUAGUUCUAGUGCCAGCAAAUCGAAUAGCAACAAUAAUUCGGCUAAAAAUGCUGCUGAGGCGGAGGCCUCAACCACAGUAGAGGUAGCAGAGACCGCCAUAAAUGGCCAAACCACAGAUGCUGUAGUUCCCGAUUCAUCUGCCUCCAAGGAAAAUGAACAAAAUGGCAGUGUAUCUUCGUCAGAAGUGAAAAAGAAGGAUGUUCCAACCACAUCUUCGUCCAAAGAGGAUGCAAUUGUCUCGGGUUCGAGUGAUGCCAACAAAAAGGAACUCAAACAAAAUGGCAGUGUAGAGUCGUCUACAAAGUCACCAGCGAAACAGGAAGCCAAUUCUUCAACUAUUACAUCAACCAGCAAGUCUAAGAAAAAUGCUAAAAUCGAGGAAGACGACGAAGACGUUGAUUUCGAUGCCAACGAAAGCAAUGCUCGCCAGGCCUUAGAAUACUCAUCCGAAGACGAGGAGGAGUUGGGUGAAGACGACACCACAGAUGAAGAUGCCGACUAUGAUGACGAUGAAGUCGAGGAGGAUGAUGAAGAGGUAGAGGACGAAGAGGAUGAAGAAUCCUAUUUGGCAAAUGAACAAUUUUGUGCCAAUAUGAUUGAAGAGCCUGGCAAGGAUAGCGGCUGUACAGCUGUUGUUGGUCUACUUAACGGUCGCGAUUUAUAUGUAGCCAAUGCCGGAGAUUCACGUUGUGUUGUCUGCCGCAAGGGCAAAGCCAUCGAAAUGAGUUUAGAUCACAAGCCCGAAGAUGAUGAAGAAUCAUCACGUAUUAUCAAGGCUGGUGGUCGUGUUACUUUAGAUGGACGUGUUAAUGGUGGUUUAAAUUUAUCACGAGCAUUGGGAGACCAUGCCUACAAAAUGAAUCAUGAUUUACCCGCCGAAGAACAAAUGAUUUCCGCACUACCAGACAUUAAGAAAUUAAUUAUAUCGCCCGAUGAUGAAUUCAUGGUUUUGGCUUGCGAUGGUAUUUGGAAUUUUAUGACCAGCGAGGAAGUUGUCGAUUUUGUACGUUUACGUAUCAACGAUGAAAAUAAGAAAAUGUCGGAGAUUUGCGAGGAGUUAUUCGAAGCCUGUUUGGCUCCCAACACCUUGGGCGAUGGUACCGGUUGUGACAAUAUGACUGCUGUUAUUGUACGUUUCAAGCCAUCCAUACUUGAACUGCCGACGAAACUCAAUCCCAAUGAUGCGGAAGAUGUUUUGUUGGCUAAGCAAGAGGCCGAUGCCGAAAAAUCUGGCCAAAAGGCACAAAAACGUGCUGCUUCACCCACCUCAGAUGAUAAUGAUUCCAAUGAAGCCGAAAAUAAAAAUAAACGUUUGAAGACUGAUGGUGAUGUUGAGGAAAAUAAGACCUCCUCUUCCUCCUCCCCCAAAACUAAAUCAUCCUCCUCCUCGAGUAUGCCUGCUAAUAGCACAGAUGCUGCAUCCAGCAACGAAAGUAGCACAACAUCAGCUGCUAAGGAGGUACAAAAAGAUUGCGACAGUGCAGUGGCAUCAUCAACGUAAAUUGUAGAUUAUUUCGGGAUUUGAUUGUGAGUAUGCUUGAUGAUGUGGGUGGUUGGUUGGCUGGCUGGUCAAAGGUAACAAAUUGUCAUGCCAUACAACUGCAUCUACAACUACUGCUCACACUCAAUCUCUUACAUUUUCAACAUAACUACAAUGCAUACAACUAAAUACAUAUAAUAUGUCUCUAUAUAUAAUAAUUAUACUAAGUUGGUGUGAAUUUUUCCUCCCCCUAACCUAGAAUUUAAGUUUAUAAGGAUACAUUUUCAAAUGAAAAGCAAAAUAAAUUAAUUUUUACACAAACUUCUGACUCCCUUUUAUCCCACAACAGAACUCUCUACCACAACAUAAACAUACCAACAACAUUUUAGAGUAGACUCAGAACGUGUAAAACCGCUAUAAUAACAAUUCUUGUUCUCGUAAUUCUAUUGUCGGGUCUGGUCAGUUUGUAUCUAUCUGCCUAAAACCUUAAAACUUUUUCACUUUUAUCGAACCUAUAUAAACAAUUUUAAUUGUAUUUUAAAAGUAAUAAAAGAAAACAAACAAACAAAACAAUGCAUAAACAUUAAAUUCAUUAUUUUCAUUUUUUUUUAUUUUAAAGUAAUUGGAAAAUUGCUCUUAGAGCAUUAAAUAAAUAUAUCUAUAAAAUUAAUAAACUUUGUAUGUGUAAAGAAAGACGAAGAAAAAAAAGCAAGUGGUAAACUUGAACUCAAAAUCAAACAUAUUUUUUUGUAAUUUUAAGUUUUUAAUUAUUAUUUUUAUCAUAAAAUUUGCGUUUUAAUUAAAGGAGAAAAUAUUUUUGUUUAGUUUCUUAUUUUUUUUUUUUAUAAAAUUACAAUAAAAUGAAACAAUAAUUAAAUAUGUAGUCAUUUACACAUUUAAACUGCAAUCAUACACACACCCAAUUGCAAACAUACAACAAAACAGUAUAAUAAUAAUAAAAAAUAAAAACAAAGUAAAUUCUAUUAUAUAUAAAUAUUGAAAAAUAUUAAUUAUAAUAACAGUAAUAAAUAAAACCUAUAAAUUUAUGAAUAAUA